UUUCCUGUUGCUCAGCAUGUCCCUGGAGUGGGAGAGGAUCGGAGAGGCGGAUGGCUGAGGCUGCGUUCGCAGGACGGGACCGCGCACGCACAAUGGAUCCACCCGCCCUCUGCCACAAUGGAGUUUGGGGACUUUUGGCUGUUACUGCCCUGGCUCUAGUAGCUUCUCUUAUAAUGAACAUUUUCUACUGCAUGUCAGCGAAUCGAAAAGCACCCAGCUUAAUAUAUCGAAAUGUCAGUGUCAAUCAAUUGCAGAGUCCAAUGGUCCAGGAAGAGGAUGACUAUCCAAUAUACGGCAAUCUCACUCAGGAUAAUGCAAUUGAAAGCGAGGACUGUUAUGAAGCCAUGACACCAGCAAACAGAUCUGAAGAUGAAAUAAAGGUGGCAAUUGAAAAUCAGAUGUGUUAUGCAUCUCUAGAUCUCACAGAUGAACAGAAAAAACAACGCCGGAAGAUGGAACAAAAGACUAACAAUGAAAAAUCAGAUUCAGAUGGAAAUUUACAUACUCUGACCUCACAGCCAAGCUUAUAUCUGAACAGUGACCAGAUUAAUUUUAACGAAGGCAGAAAAGAAGAAAAUAUUCACAAUGACCCUACCAUCUUUUAUGGCAAGAUAAAUACAUCUCAUAGUAAAUUGUCUAUUAACAAAGCAAGAGCAUUUGAUAGUGCAAGUGACUUUUAAAUUGUGCUGAUGUCAUUAUUGGUUAAACAUCAUUCAGGAAAAUGUACAAAUUGGCAAGCUUAUUGUACAAAGUCUUUGCUUUGAAAGUUGUCUUUGCCUUCAGUAGAAAUAUGGGUAAACAGCUAGCUUCUGUUGGAAUUCUCAUCAUAUAUUCAACGUAUUCAUAUUGGGACCUCCAUUUUGUAUUGUGCACAGUGGGAUCCUCAGUGAAGUAUAAAGACAAAGUGUAAAAAAGAUGCUGGAAUCGUAAAAUAACGUAAAAUAAAACGUAAAAUGAAAACAGAAAAUGUUAGAAUUACUCAGCUGUUCAGACAGCAGAGAAGAAAAACAGAAAGUUUCAGCUUCUCAGUUCAUAUAACUAAUGCAUUUCUCCAUAAUUUACUAAAUUCAUAAAAUGCAGUUUUCAAUUCAAAUAGAUUAAUAACCUGUCAGAGUUUAAGUUAAUUCAUACAGCUUUUCUCACCUACACGACAGAACUUCCUCUCUGCCCAUGCUCAUUUAAAUGGCGAAUUCCAAAUAGGUAGUUGGAAGAUUAAACGAGGCAUGCAGUUAAUUGUUUGAAUGUUGAAUAUCAAAAUAGUUCUACAGUUUUAGUUUUCCAUUAAGAGAUAUUUUUAUAUUGCAUUGCCAAAUAUGUUGAAUACAUGUCUAAUUUAAGUUAUAAAUUGAUCAUUUACAAUACUUCAUUACUCCUUACGUUUAAAAUCAACCCUUCUGCUACAUGCCAAAACACAUCCUUACAAUACUGCUGAUACAGGUCAUAGAAACUAUGGGGCACACCGACAAAUAUUAAUUUUAAUUUUCAUUUAAGCUUAAGCUUAAGCUUAAGACGUAGACAGGUGGAGAUACAUGUAAGAUCCAGAUACAUAUUCUUGGGACAAACAAAAUGUCCAUUUUUGUUCUUAUCUAUAGUCAAUCCAAGUUAAGCAUUUAAAAGGGAAGCAUCAGAAGCAGCAAUGUUUUAAUCACCCUCUUUCAAAAUGUUUCAAGAUUCAAUUACACCUAUUACCAACGUAUGUACAAAUUAUACAACCUUGAGAUUUGCUUGCUCAGAGGUAACCACAAAGAAACUGAAAUAACCCAAUUAAAGAAAAAAAAAUGAAAAUAACAAUAAAAGACCAACACUUGAUGUGCAAGAGAAAGACAUGUAGACAAUUAAAGCAAACAACGGUAUUCUGAACUAAAAAGGAGCCCUCGGAUCUGAACCCUGGAGUAGGCCCAAAGCCUUGCUUAUCAGUUCAUCAUAUCAGCAGGCAUGGAGCACAGCAGCCAGGGCAGUCUUCAUAGCCUCAGCGCUAAAAUGGUGUUGGCUUUAGAAAGGACACAGCACUUUCUUCCCCUCUCAUCCUGUAAAUUCCCUGACUUUCAUGUGAAAAUGCUGAUAAUAGGCUAGUAUUGUUUAAAAUUAACCGAAAUAUAACAAGAAAUCUAUAGGAAAUAUUUGAACCUAAUUUUUAAAGAAAAAACCUCAACCGUUACUUCACUGCUGAAGCAACAAACAGAUCAGUGGGCUAUUAGCAUAACCUGGAGACAAUGAAUGAUGUCAAUUAUUGUGCAUUUAUAUAUUUUUUAGUAUUUAACUUAAGAAAAAUCACUUUAUCAUUUAAUAAUUACAUGCAGAAGCUGAUUCUGAAGAUUGUUACCUGUAAUCUGUGGCAUAAUUAACAAAGUGCAAAGUCAAUCUACUCUUUACAGAUUUGCUUACACAAUGGUAAUACAAAUAACUACAUUCUUGUAUAUAUUGUUAUGAUUAAGAUUUUAACAUGGUGAUAUUUAAUAUUAAUUUAAAUAGCAUUAGAUCUUGACAUUGUUUGCUGGGCUACAAAAUAUUUGAAAUAAUGUGAAA